CCUUUGUUCUCCCUCCCCACAUCCACCCCCUUUGUCUCUCUCUCUCUCCCUCGCUAUUCUAUUCAGCAAAUGGAACACCAUCGACAUCGAUCACCAACACCUUCGUUGACCUGACUGACUCCCCACACACUCGCUGGAGAAUCCCAAACACCCCAUCACAGCAGCAAUGCGCUCUCUCCUCCCCCUCCUUACCCUCCCCCUCCUUACCCUCCCCCUCCUUACCCUCCCCCUCCUUACCCUCCCCCUCCUUACCCUCCCCCUCCUUACCCUCCCCCUCCUUACCCUCCCCCUCCUUACCCUCCCCCUCCUCACCUCCGCCGCCGCCACCGUCCCCACCACCGCCCCGCGCGCGCGUGCCCUCGAGGUCGGCGUCGACACAGGACCCCUCGACGCCAAGGUCGCGGUACAGCGCUGCCCAGACCACUGCAGCGCGACGACGACGGAGGCGUGUACGGUUACGGAGACGGAGACGACUACCUGUUUUGAGACGGUGACGGAGACGGCAGCGGGGGGGACGCUGACGCUGCCGCCUGUUACGCAGACGCAGCCAGGUGUGACUGUCACGGGAACCGCAGCUGGGGGUACGGUCACGGAGACGGAGACGACGACUUGCCUUGAGACUGUUACCGAGACUGGGGUCGGGGGGACGGUGACGACGACCAAGACGGAGACGGAGCACAAGACCAAGACCAAGACUGUUGUUGUGCCUACGACGGUCGUGGAUGAAGAGACCGCUACGAUUACGGCUACAUGCAUCGAGAUCCAUAUCAUCACAUCCGUCGAGACUGACUCGUACGCCGUCACUGCCACGCAUACAUACGAGGUUACCCAGACGUCCGUCACGACUUGCACUCAGGUUAUCACCCUGCCGCCGGUGACAUACACCACCACCAUCGCAGGCGCCAUCACGACCGUCACUGAGCCGGAUGUGGUGACUACCAUCAUCACGACUGCCUACCUGACUGAGAUCAACACCGUUCGUGAUACCAACACCGUGCAUGAGACCAACACCAUCCACGAGACCGACACCGUUCAUCAAACCGACACCGUCCACGAGACCGACAUCGAGACCAAAACCGACGUCGUAACCCGCACCAUCUCCGCCCCCGUCAUCACCACAACCCUCCCUGGCGUGGUAACCUCCAUCUCGGGCACCCCAAUCACUCUCCCCGGCAUCGUCACCACCAUCACCGCCUCCGUCUCCUACAUCGGCACCCGCGUCUCAACCUGCGCCGUCCCCGCCCCCACAAUCCGCAACGUAAAACCCCAACCCGAUAACUACACCUGGGGCUGCCCACCCGGCCGGAUCUGCGCCCCUCGCCAUCCCUUCGGCUGCGACGUCUUCGCCGACCCGCCUUCCCGCAACUACGUCUGCGACCCCUUGGACUGCUUUGAUGCACCCAAGGCUAAGCUGGUGGAGUGGAAGUACGGAGAAACUGGGUAUUACCCUCUCACGCCCGGGUAUUUCGCCCUCUCGCCUCUCGCUUUCGGAUUGAGCUAUGAUAUCUUCUCCGAAGACGUCGUCGUUGAAGUCGUCAACGGCGUCCCCGUCGCUACCAUCACCACGGGCAACUGGGCCAGCCAAGCUACCAUCACAGCCGCCUACACCGUCCCAGCCUUGCGCAGACGCGCCCCGGAAACCGCACCAGCGAUCUGCUUCCCCCAGUGCAACAACAUCGUCACGGCCGGGCAAGCCAUCGGCAAGACCCCCGCUCUCUGCGCGGCUGGGUCGGCAUUCCUCAACUACGUAUCUGCCUGCAAACAGUGUGUCGUGAACAAUGGGGAUGCGACGCAGAAGACUCUGCAGGAUUACGUUAUCCCGCAGUAUCAGCAGUGGAUCGACUUCUGCGAUGCGCAUGGGAGUGAAAGCGUUGUCGCGCCGGGGGGUGGACAGGGCCAGAACGGGGGUGGGGAUGUGACGAUCCUGGCGCCGGGGGAGACGCAGGGAGGCGAUGCAGUACCGGUUACGCCGACGCGGUGGAUGAAUUCGACCAUGACUAUGAGCAGUAGCCGAGUUCCAACUUCGACGAUAGAAGAGCCGGGGACGACAGAGACGGGGGCGUCGACAGAUGUGCCGAGUGAUGUACCUACCGGGACCACGAGCAGCGGUGGUAGAGGUAGGGGUGGUGGUGUGGCGGGACCUACUGGGAGUGGCGGAGGACCGACUCCCACCCCGACGGUCCCUGCGAUUCCCAACGAAGCGCUGAGAGUCGGUGGUGGUGUCGGGGGUAUGCUGGCGCUUGUGGUGUUUGUGAUUGGAUUUGUGAUGUUUGGUUGAAGGAUUGAAGGAUAGACGUUGGGGGGAGGGGAUCUAAGAGAGAAGGGGAAUAUGACAGCGACUGUAGAUUGGAUGGGUGACUUGAGUAAUUAACGACCGAAUUAGAUACCCACGCUCCUUAUGACGCGAGAUGCAA